AACCAGUGCAACUGAAGGUUAAGACACAGUUCUACUGAAACCCUCAUCAUGCAAUUCCUACGACUGCUGGUUCUCUUCGGCCUACUCCUGGCUUGCCAGGCUAGAACUCUGGAUCAGGAGAAGGUUCCGGUUGAGGAGAAGGUGUCCAAUCAGGAGAUUGCCUCGCCUCCUCAGGCUCUCCAGCCUGUGGAAGUCAAGCAAGAAGUUAGCAAGGGAAACCAGGAACCAAAGCCCCAACUUAGCAACUCCCUUACCAACCAAGUCAUCGAGGAAGCCCAGCCAUCCCAGGCUAACUCCAAACCUGUGGAGGCCCAGGUCCAAGCCGAAGUCAAAUCCGAGGAGAAGGAACCCAUUGCCAAUGAGAUAACCAAGGAAGAGGAACAAGAGUCUCCUAAAGAGGAGAUCCCUAAAGAGGAAGCCCCUAAAUCGAAUGUUGUGCCCCUGAAACCCUCAGAAGUCCAAGGACGCGACAAUGGCAAUGUCCAGUAUGUGUACGAUGCAAACGGUCAACUUUUGGGCGUCCAGGAUCUGGAGAAAAUCUUCAAGUACCAGGGAGUGCAGGUGUUCAACGGAUCCCAGUUCUCCGGCCAGUAUCAAAACUAUUAUGGUAAUCCCUUCAACAAGUUCCAAAGCUACCCCAAGGUGGAGUACGUGCCGGACACUGUGACUGUGGUGAAUACCACGGGUGCCAAUGUGACCCAUCACAUCCAUAACCACACUCACUACUAUUCGAACCACAAGAAGCCCGGAUUCCCGCUGCCCUUCCUGCCCAAUCCCUUUGAGAAAAACGAACCCACCUAUGUUUACGUUAACUCAACAUCUGGCAACGUGACCCAGACCCAGUACACGGAUAGCAGGCCCUUCCCCUUCCUGCCCAAUCCUUUCACCGACUUUCCCAAGGUAGUGGGUCUAAGCCUGGUCCUUCUACCCAAUCCCUUCUACGUGAACAAGAGCCAGAGCAGCGUGGGCAAUUCCUCGGGCAAUGUCCAGUAUCAGUAUUUCGACAAGUUCCGCUCGUUUUCCGAUGAGCCUCAGCAGAAGCAGCAGCAGCAGCAGAAGCCCAACUUCUACCUUGUGCCCAAUCCUCUGGGAAAUCAAGUACCCACUGAUGGUCAAAAGGCUGGCGAUGCCAAUGUCCUGCUGCCUGUGAAUCUGGCUGCUUUGCCGCUCUUGGUUCCCACCUCGGAGGUCAGCCAGGGAAAGGGCUCUUCGGUCUACUCUUCCGGCGGCAGCAUCAAGCUUGAGGAUCUGAUCAGGGCCACCAAUGUCCAUGUGAGCCAGCCCUUGAAGCUCCAGGCCAGCAACGGAGCUAGCCAGUUCCAGAGGCUCUUCCAGAAGCAGUCGCUGGUCCCUGACGAGAGGCGUUCCCAGUCUGCCGCCGAGCCAGCUGGAGUCCAGGCGGAGGAGGAGAACUCUGUCCUGUUUGCUGUGGAGAUACCAAAGCCCAUUUAUCGGUUUUUUAAGGGAAUCUUUGGAGGAUUCUCUAAUUAACAGAGAGGAAGGGUAAAUAAUAACUGAAAGAACAACCAGGAACUAAGCAGGAAACACGAACUAAGGAACAAUUAUUAAUUUUAAGUUUUUUAAACGCUAGCUAAGUAAAUAUCAAGACAAGGAGUCCCUUAACAUAAAGUAAAUUGCAUAUAAACCCA